UGAAAAAAUUGGCAAACCGUCAUGGAGGACGUGAUCAACACGAACCCGGGGGCGCUGGACAACUGGACGUCGUACAUCUUUCCGUCGCCAUCGAAAUCGCCGUCGUCCCCAGUGCAUGUCACGUGCCUGGAGCUCCACCAAGUCCCACACACGUCCACGACACUACUGCUGCAAGCCACGCCAGGCGCGUUCUCAAUUUACAAUGCCAACACGAUGGAGGCAAUUGGUCGGAAGCAUUCCACGGAAGGCGAUACUGUCCUCCUGGCACGGUUCAUCAACACAGGAAGCGGGUCCCUACCGAAUGUGCUGCUUGUGGCGGCGACGUUAAGUGUGUAUUCUCUGGAAGAAGAGUGCUCCCUCCAUGAGAUUCCAUUUCCGUCGCCGAUCGCGGACAUCCUCGACAUCCAAGUGAAUGCGUCGGUGGUGGCAGUGUUAUCCCACCACACCAUUCGACUAUUGGAUCGCCGCCUCAACUACACCGUCUCCCACACCCUACCGACCUCCUCGAACGCCAUGGCCCUCGGGUCCAGAUGGCUGGCUUAUCCUAUUCACGACCCUGAAUCCCUCUCGACAGCUUCAUCUGUCGCUACCAAGGACGAGUACUCCCUCACGGACAUUGCCCAAGGCGUCGCGUCGGGCCUGUACUACCUGUCCAAGAUGGCAAGACGAGCCUCCGCGGACAGCGAAGGCGGCCACCUCGCCGUGCGGGACUGCAUCAGCCACACAUGCAUCGCAUCGUUCGAAGCCCAUUCAUCCGCCAUCACGUCCAUCGCGUUCGACCCUUCCGGCAUGCUGGUCGUGUCUUCGUCCGACAAGGGCCAGACGCUCCACGUCCAUCGAGUGCAGGACGGCGCGCUGCUCUACCGCCUCCAUCGAGGCAUCACCCACGCCCGCAUCCGCCACGUUGCCACGUCAUUAGAUUCCAAGUGGAUCGCAGUUACCACCAGUCGUGGCACCACUCACAUCUACGCGAUUCGCCCGGAUGGAGGGGCCAUCGGGGGCCACACCCACGCAGCGGUGGACUUGAACGACCCGACGCACUUGGCCGUGGCUAAGGCCAGCAUUGCCGACGAAGUGCAAGCAAAGAGGUUCUUAUUGGGAGGGACCGAGACGUUGCACCCGUUGGCGAGACUUCGGCACUCUUCUGUCGACACUGUCGGCAGUGGGCUGGUCUGCUGCCACUGGCACGCCAGCCACCUGCUCGUGGCCUCCGGGGGCUUCCUCAAGGCACUGGCCGUCAAGCCCCGCAGCAACGUCGUCGACGCCCCCAAGCCGUGGCUGGUGCUGUCGCUGCAUCUGGACGUGGCCAAGCAGCGGGAGCUCGACCCUCGGUCCUCCACCACACUCCCUCGGUUUACUGACCCCAUCAAACCUAACGGUCCUGCCGUCGAGACGGUUACCCAUGUCCAUCACGAGAUGCCCAUCUGGCACCAUCCCAAGGUCACGUUCCGCGCGCUUUCGUGGGGAAAGUUCCGCGUUUUGAACGUCAAGCGCCUUGGACCGGUCCCCCUCUCUACCGACGACGUCGUGCUGGAGCAACUCACACAAGGCGAAUCACCCGUGUUUGACGGAACUCCCUCGCGCGACGAACCGUUUGUCCCUCCGCUGGACCUCUCCGCGUCGAUUUCACACGCCGUCACGUCGUCACUGACCAUCCGACCCCAUCCACACAAGAACGUGCCCACCACCUCCACCACACGAGACGCCCCGCCCAGUACGAUCCAGGACGCAUAUUUUUAAAAAAUACACACUGCGUUUGACCGUAUUUUAAUUGGUUUGCACAAAUGCGAGCACGAGCGCCGUGAGGAUUUGUCCCGCUUCGCUCUUCCCCGCGGCCACUCCGGCGGGAUGCUGCCCCGGCGCCGCCUCGGCCAAAUGCAGAUACGCAACCCGCUGCUUCAGCUGCGUCGCCACUUUGUACACAUAAUGCUCGGCGUCGGCCACCGAGAGGCCGCAAUUGGUCAGGGCACUCACGGGCAUGCCGGAGAUGCUAUCCGUGUCGACUUCUAAUCCCACGGGCUUGGAGGAGCCGCCGCCACCGACGUACGCGAUGGCCUUGUCCACAGCCUGGGAAAACGUGGUUUGGCGGCGGAUGAAGAUCUCUUGGUAACUAGUAAACCCGGCGCCGGCUUGGGUCAUCUGGUCGAGGGCAGUCUGUGCAUUCUUGACUUCGUGCAGACCCACCACGUAGUACGAGCUCAAGUACUUGGCUGCAUGCGCGUAGCUGAAGCCGUUUCCGCUGUGCCGGCCUUCGAGGAGGCGGAAGUCGCAGUGCGGGUCCAGGUUGAUGCAGUCGGCGCCACUGCUGCGACUCUGAGACAGCGCUUGAAGGAUGGGGUAGGCGUUGUUGUGGCCGCCCCCAAUGACGAUGGGAACGAGGUCGGCGUCAAACACGUGCUUCAGGACGGAGCUCACGCGUUCAUCGAUCGUUUGCACGUGCGCUCGCAGCUCUGCCAGCUGUGCUUCGUCGCUGGCACUCAACGACGCCGAUUUGGCCUGGAUGUCGGCCAAGUUCACUUCGCCGAGCAGAAGAAUCUCGGAUCCUUUCACAAACGCAUUCGCUUGGACAUUUAAGAAGCGCCCCAAGAAGGCCUGAAAGCCGAGGGCCGCUCCUCCGUUUCCAAAGUUGGCGCGAGGACCGACGUCUUCAGGCACGCCGACAAUAACGUACUUGACGCCCUGGGCCUUGGCCUCAUGGAGGCCUUGGGGAAGAGGGAGGUCGGGAUGGAUGAAGCGGAGGGCUUGGCCCAGUCGCGUCUCGCCCGCGCGCUGGCUUUGCAGUCGCUGGAGGUCCGAUGCCUGCAACGUGGACACCAAGAAGUUGCUCAUCGCUCGAUGCAAGUUAGAGCUCUUCAUAUCUG